AUGAGCAUGCUCAAGGAGCCAGGGCCCUAUCGGAGCUUGCAUCCCAAAGCUGUGGGCAGUGGCCAGAGCCCGUUCAAAAUGUGUGUGAUGCUGGCCCCAUGGGUGAUGCCGACACCAUGGACAUCUUUCACAGAGCUCUGCUUUGUGCUGAAGAAACGGAAUGAAACCAAUGAGGCUGGGAGUCUACACCAGAGCCAUACCCAUGAGGCCGGGGCUGAGGUUGCUCACUCUCAAGUCCUCGACCUCCCAAGAGCUCAGUCAGAUGGGAUGGGGUUGGGGGCCUGUUCCCUCAAGGAUGGUGUGACUUCUACAAAUGGCUGGAAAUUGAACCCACUUUUCAGUGACCUGAAAAUCCAAGACUGGGACAAGGGCAACUGGGACAAGGCCUACAAAGGAAGCCGGCUGCUGGCAUGGGUGUUAUGGCUACAGGCCUGGCGGGUAGCGGCACCAUGUCCUGGUGCUUGUGUGUGCUACAAUGAGCCCAAGGUGACAACAAGCUGCCCCCAGCAGGGCUUGCAGGCUGUGCCCACUGGCAUCCCAGCCUCCAGCCAGAGAAUCUUCUUGCAUGGCAAUCGCAUCUCUCACGUGCCAGCUGCCAGCUUCCACUCAUGCCGAAAUCUCACUAUCCUGUGGCUGCACUCCAAUGCACUGGCCCGGAUUGAUGCCACUGCCUUCACUGGCCUGACCCUCCUGGAGCAACUAGACCUCAGUGACAAUGCACAGCUCCGUACUGUGGACCCCACCACCUUCCAUGGCCUGGGCCACCUGCACACGCUGCACCUAGACCGAUGCGGCCUGCAGGAGCUGGGUCCCGGCCUGUUCCGUGGACUGGCAGCUCUGCAGUACCUCUACCUACAAGACAACAAUCUGCAGGCACUGCCUGACAAUGCCUUCCGUGACCUGGGCAACCUCACACACCUCUUUCUGCAUGGCAACCGCAUCCCCAGCGUGCCUGAGCAUGCUUUCCGCGGCCUGCACAGUCUUGACCGCCUCCUCUUACACCAGAACCAUGUGGCUCGUGUGCAUCCACAUGCCUUCCAGGACCUCGGCCGCCUCAUGACCCUCUACCUAUUUGCCAACAACCUCUCCAUGCUACCCGCAGAGGCCCUAGUGCCCCUGAGAUCUUUGCAGUACCUGCGACUCAACGACAACCCCUGGGUGUGUGACUGCCGGGCACGUCCACUCUGGGCCUGGCUGCAGAAGUUCCGAGGUUCCUCGUCAGAGGUGCCCUGCAGCCUGCCCCCACGCCUGGCCAGCCAUGAUCUUAAGCGCCUGGCUGCCAGUGACCUAGAGGGCUGUGUUGUGGCUUCGGGGCCCUUCCGCCCCAUCCUGACCACUCAGCUCACUGAUGAGGAGCUGCUCAGCCUCCCCAAGUGCUGCCAGCCGGACGCUGCCGACAAAGCCUCAGUUCUGGAACCCGGGCGGCCAGCUUCUGCUGGCAAUGCCCUUAAGGGACGUGUACCUCCUGGUGACACUCCACCAGGCAAUGGCUCAGGCCCACGGCACAUCAAUGACUCUCCCUUUGGGACUUUGCCCAGCUCCGCAGAGCCCCCACUGACUGCUGUGCGGCCUGGGGGAUCCGAGUCACCAGGACUGCCCACCACCGGUCCCCGCAGGAGGCCAGGUUGUUCCCGAAAGACCCGCCCCCGCAGCCACUGCCGUCUGGGCCAGGCAGGAAGUGGAAGCAGUGGAGCCGGGGAAGCAGAGGGUUCAGGCGCCCUGCCUGCUCUGGCCUGCAGCCUUGCUCCUGUGGGCCUUGCACUGAUACUCUGGACAGUGCUCGGGCCUUGCUGA